AGGAGAGGACGGUGGAGCAAACCGGAUCUUGUCGGAGAGUCGCCGGGGAAUUUCUUCCGGCGAUCUUGUUUUCAGAGUUAGAGAGAUAUUUCUUCGAUUCCACUAGAUCGGCCCUUUUUUCAUAUACGUUUCUCGAUUGAGAUUGUGAAAUCUCUGAGCUUCGUCGCCUCGUAGGUGUAGUUACCGUAGUUUCGCACGCUUACACAAACGAAUCGGACAGAAGCGAAGAUAUUGAGAGGUGGAUGAGCCAUGUCUGAGACGGAAACAGUAAACGGAGUGAAGGAGAACAAAUUAUGGAAAGGUGUAUUCGCCGUUUCCGGCAUUAUGUCUACUCUUGUCAUCUAUGGUGUUCUUCAGGAGAAGAUAAUGAGAGUUCCUUAUGGAUUGAACAAGGAGUUCUUUAAGCAUUCUUUGUUUCUGGUUUUCUGCAAUCGGCUCACUACAUCAGCUGUCUCUGCUUGUGCUUUACUGGCAAGCAAGAAAGUUUUGGAUCCUGUAGCUCCGGUUUACAAAUAUUGCCUUAUAUCCGUGACUAACAUCUUAACCACUACAUGCCAAUAUGAGGCUCUCAAGUAUGUGAGCUUCCCAGUCCAAACACUUGCAAAAUGUGCAAAAAUGAUACCAGUAAUGGUAUGGGGAACACUCAUUAUGCAGAAGAAGUAUAAAGGCUUUGACUAUUUAGUUGCUUUUCUUGUGACCCUUGGCUGCUCUGUGUUUAUUCUUUUUCCGGCAGGAGAUGAUAUUAGUCCAUACAAUAAAGGAAGGGAAAAUACUGUUUGGGGUGUUUCCCUUAUGGCUGGGUAUCUUGGGUUUGAUGGAUUUACAAGCACAUUCCAAGACAAACUUUUUAAAGGAUAUAAUAUGGAGAUACAUAACCAAAUAUUCUACACAACACUUUGUUCUUGUGUCCUGAGUUUCACUGGACUUAUAUUGCAAGGCCAUUUACUACUAGCUGUAGAUUUUGUUACUCGCCAUAGAGAUUGUUUACUCGACAUCGCUCUGCUUUCCACAGUUGCAACAGCGAGCCAGUUCUUCAUUUCUUACACCAUUAGGACAUUUGGUGCUCUAACAUUCGCUGCAAUCAUGACGACGAGACAGCUUGCAAGCAUCAUGCUCUCGUGCAUUUGGUUCUCUCAUCCUCUUAGCUGGGAGCAAUGCAUCGGAUCGGUCAUCGUUUUCGGGUCUUUAUACGCGAAAAACUUACUGAACAACAACAAAAAAUCACAAAUGCAACCGCCGCCUCCAGAACUUCCGCAGUUUGAAAAGCCUGAGGGCUCUUAAGAGUUAACCUUUAAAACCAUUUAGAGGUUUUGUUUUCUUCCUCUUGAUAUAACCCUCAAAACAAAAACAAAAACAAAAACGAGUCGUUAGGGAAUUGAGAUUAGGAUUUAUAUAGACUCUCUGUAUUUUUUUUUUUCAUCAUUUGUUUAUUUGAUUUUGUUGGAUCUCUUGUAAGAUUAUAUAUACAUAUGUAUUUCGAUGACAUCUGAUGUAGCAAUGUGAUCAUAUCAGACUGAU